UUGACCUCGCAAGAGAAGAGUGAGGAAAUGGCGGACAGCGCCAAACCUGCUCGCACUAAUCCAAGCAACAAAAAAGUGACUUUGGCUAAGGAGGUCAUGUUUCAAGCACAGCACAUCCUUUCAAACAGCGAUGAUGAAGAAAUUGAGGAAGAGUUUGAGGAGUGGGAAGAAGAGAUGCGAUCCGAAACAGAUUCAGAUUUCGAUAGCGGCGAUGACAUUUACGAAAUCGAUGAUCCAGAAAAUCCGUAUACAGGAACCUAUCCUCGGCAAGGGCAAUCUGAUUUGGCCAUCAAAAAUCAUGACCAACCUGCUUUUGUUGAACAGGCCCCUAUGAAAGCCACUGUUAAUAAGGUAACCACCCAUGAGAUGGAGAAGGUUGAGCCUGUUGCUGCACAGAAGGCACAUACCUAUCACAGUACCACCACUGAAGAGCCUGAAGUGCGAUCCAAAGUGCCUGCAGAAACUGAACCACGUAAAAGUUCUCCGUAUAAGCCUGGAUUGGAUCUGGAUGAGGAUGAAACCAUCAAAAUAUCCCUUACACCAUCCAUUGCUCGAGACGAUGAAUUUGCUGAUAGAAAAUCAGACGACUCUGAUUCAAGACUUCGAAAGGCAAGCAAGCUGGAUAAGAUUCUAAGCAAGGAAGACACAUCUCGACGAUCAGAAGACCUUAAGGACAGUGGUCGAGAGGAAUCUAAAGAGAAGAAGGGUGGCUUCAAAAGAUUCUUUUCUCGAGGUAAAGAAAGCAAAGAUAAGAAGAAGAAAAGCUCUAGUUCUACCGGCGAUAAUCGACGAUCCAGCGACACGGAAACUUCGUCCAUCAAUUCUCAGUCUACUGGAUAUUCGGAUCACCGUAAAAAUUCCGUUGACUCAGCAGCACAAGACUACCAACCAACCCCACUUCGCAUUUAUGCUGGCAAUAUCCAGUUCUCUUCACCUUACAAAACCGUUUAUAUCUAUCCUUCAACCACAGCAGCAGAGCUUGUUGAGCGAGCAGUCGAUACGUUUGAUAUCCAGGAUACAAAUGAUUUAGUUGAUGGCCAUUUAGACUUUUAUAUCAGUAUCAGAGGAGCUGACGGAGGUAAUGUUUACAAUUGGAGAUGAUGAAGUCACAGACCAAACCACUUAACACAUUAUGUGGGAUCUAU